AUUAAUUCCAAGUUCCAACCCUAGGCCGCGCUGCCCACCUCCCCUGUUUAUCUUCCCCUCGUCCCAACGUCAUCACGAGGACCCUUCUCUUGUCGCCUCAAUCCUUCAACCGUGGUCGACUUCUCCAAUUGCGAGGACCACCCGUUUGCUGUGUACCGCGCCGGCGAGCAUCCUCCUGCCAAUCGCUAGAAGCGAAAUCGCUUCCUGCUUCAUUUUGGGCGCCGAGAGAUGGCUUCUUAUCCUCUUCACCGCGACAUCCCACAAUUUUUGCUUGCGUAACCUUGGUAACCAUCGAGAGCGGGUAUUAACAAUAGUACGGAUUCUCAGCUACGACUUCACCAACAGAUUAUUGUUCAUUUUAGCUCGAUGGCUUGGAGAGUACUUAGGAAAAAGGUUUAUCAACAAGGUCUCAAUGCUAGCUUUUUAAAUGCAUUUGUAUCUAAACAUUCAAAAAGUGGUGUACAUUUUUUCUUUGGCUCACAUGGACGGAUGCUAGUUGUUUUUUCUUCUGCAGAUUCUUAUAUUGGUCUGUCAUCAGGAGCUUCUAUUAAUGGUAGAAUUUCCAGCAAUAUCUUGAAUAUCAGGUAUUUUCAUGCAACUGCUUUCAUGCUGGCUUGGAGAAGAAAAGAGGAUGAAGUACCUGGCCUAAAGCUUCAAAGAAAAGAGAAGCCAAUAAGAAGAGAAAACAGAAACCAAGCACCUGUUGAAGCACCUUAUGUACCUCCUAGAAAACUUAAUCUGAAGCCUUCUCAGGAUAAAAUUAUAGAAAUUUUUGAAGGCAUGACAAUCCAUGAGCUUGCCAAGAGAACUAGUUCCAGUAUUGGUGCAUUGCUAGAGAUACUAAGUAAUGUCGGUGAGAAAGUUGAUUCUGAAUUUGAACCAAUCAGUGUUGACAUUGCUGAGCUGAUUGCAAUGGAAGUUGGUGUGAAUGUGAGAAGAUUACAUUCUGAUAAAAGUGGAGUUCUUCAACCACGGCCUCCAGUUGUGACAGUCAUGGGUCAUGUGGACCAUGGCAAAACAUCCCUUUUGGAUGCUCUGCGCCAAACUUCAGUUGCAGCUAGGGAAGUUGGUGGGAUUACCCAGCACUUGGGUGCUUUUGUUGUAGAGAUGCCUUCAGGAGCCUCAAUAACAUUCCUUGACACCCCAGGGCAUGCUGCCUUCAGUGCUAUGCGUGCUAGAGGUGCUGCUGUUACUGACAUUGUUGUGCUUGUAGUAGCAGCAGAUGAUGGUGUUAUGCCACAAACGCUUGAAGCUAUUUCCCAUGCAAAAGCAGCCAAUGUCCCAAUUGUUGUAGCUAUAAAUAAGUGUGAUAAACCAUCAGCUGAUCCUGAGAGAGUGAAAAUUCAACUUGGAUCUGAAGGAUUACAAUUGGAAGAUAUGGGUGGUGAUGUGCAAGUUGUUGAAGUUUCUGCUACUACUAAAGCAGGAUUAGAUAGGUUGGAGGAGGCUUUGCUACUUCAGGCUGAGAUGAUGGAGCUGAAGGCUAGAAUUGAUGGGCCUGCUCAGGCUUAUGUAGUUGAAGCCAGACUUGACAGGGGCAGGGGACCCUUGGCUACUGCCAUAGUCAAGUGUGGAACCUUGUCUUGCAGUCAACACAUUGUUGUUGGGGCAGAGUGGGGGAGAAUAAGGGCUAUAAGGGACAUGUUUGGAAAGGUAAUAGAAUCAGGUCAACCUGCAUUGCCUGUUGAGAUUGAAGGACUACGGGGGCUUCCAAUGGCUGGAGAUGACAUUAUUGCGGUGCAUUCAGAAGAGAGAGCACGCAUGCUUAGUGCUGGAAGGAAGAAGAAAGUUGAAAAAGAUAGACUUCUCAAGGUCAGUGAAGUGCACAUAGACACUCCUGAUACUGAAGAAGAGGUAUCAAAAAGGGUAGAGUUGCCUGUCAUUGUCAAAGCUGAUGUCCAAGGCACUGUUCAAGCUGUUACAGAUGCAUUAAGGAGUUUGAAUAGUCCACAGGUUUUUGUUAAUGUUGUUCAUGUUGGUGUUGGCCCCAUAUCCCAGUCAGAUAUUGAUUUGGCAGUAGCUUGUGGAGCUUGCAUUGUUGGGUUUAAUAUACGGAAUCCACCAAGCUCCAUUACUCUUGCAACAAACAAAGCUAACAUCAAGAUCUGCUUGCAUCGAAUUAUAUACCAUCUCUUGGAAGAAAUGGGUAAGGUAAUUGUUGAGAAAGCACCAGGCACUUGUGAGACAAAGGUUGGUGGAGAAGCUGAAGUACUGGGUAUCUUUGAGCUCAAAGGCAGGAGUAAAUCAAAAGGUCCAGAUGUCAAAAUUGCUGGGUGUCGUGUGGUUGAUGGCCGCUUCACCAAGUCUUCAACAUUGAGGUUGCUGAGGAGUGGAGAAGUUAUUUUUGAAGGUUCUUGUGCUUCACUAAAACGGGGAAAGCAGGAUGUGGAUGCUGUCGGUAAAGGCACCGAGUGUGGAUUAGUCAUUCAGGAUUGUGAUGACUUUCAGGUGGGAGAUGUCAUCCAAUGCCUAGAACAUGUUAUUAGAAAGCCCAAGUUUAUUUCAUCUGAGAGUGGCGCAGUCCAUAUCGAGUGCUGAUAAUUUGCAUUGAAAUGAAUAGCUAAAACUUCGCUGCCUCCUUUUGCUACAUUAGUUGCUCCUUGUGAAUCCAAAUUAUUGACCAGACAGAGAUACUAUGCUUCUGGUAGCAGUAAGAUUUGUCGGCGAAAACAUACAGGGUUGCAAAUUUUCUGGGAGUUGAUACUUACCUGCAAAUUUUCUAGGAGUUGCAUACUUACCUUCAAGAUUGAGAGACUUACCACAGUAAUUUAUUGUUCUAACUUUAUUUCUUCUUUAUACUGCAAAUCUUGGUUAACCUUAUGUAGCAUCUCUAUUAUAUAAACCGCUGGAGAAUUGGAAAUUUUACUAGCUCGUUCAGCUCUGUAUAAUGGCCGAAACACAUGUAUUUACUUUCUUCAAGAAAAUAAGGUUCCAUUUAUAUACGAAACCUACA